CUGUUAAUGAGAUGGAGCAGAGCAAUUCUACCAGGAGCAGAGCAACCUCAGUGAUGGAAACCACAGAAGAGGGGAAGCUCAACAAUGUAGAACAUCUGACACUUAUGGACUUCCUUCAAAACCUAACUGAGAAGCAAUGGAGGGGGAUUCGUGAGGGCAUGUUUGACCCGCUGACAAAACAACAGCUUGCCGGCUUGUGUCUGAGGAUUGUCCAGUUUUUAUCGGACAAGCUGAUGCAGAUCAUCAUCCCAGGUCUUUACGAACUACUGGGCAUCCAAGAUGCUGCCUCCUCUCCAUUGUCACAGAGAUCUCUCUCAGCGUCACUCACCAGUCUGUUAGACGAUAAGACUAACACCAAGUCCCGCGUGAGAUUUACUGAGGCUGGUGUACCUAAGAGGCCAGGCAGUCGAAAGUCUUACAAUAGCUUUCGCAUCCCGACUCCCUACCCUUCCUCCAACUGUGUGGAGCAGGAAGAGGAAGAAGAGCAGGAAUCACAACUUAAGUUCAAGGAGAUUUACCUGACUAAGGGCUGUCUGGGCAGUGGAAGCUACCUGCCCAAUGGGGCCAUGAGGACUCUAACCUCUCUGUCUGAUGUGCAGAAGAAAACAACCAACUCUGAGACACUACAAGUCCUCUUAGGUGUCUCAGAGGACACCCUUUUAACCUGUGUGCAGGACAGCCUGCAAGGUUCUCUCUCCAAACUUGCAUGCAUGUCCAAUUUCCCAUCUGGAAGUGCAGGCUCUAUGAUGCUAACCCCUGCUGUAAUGGCAGAGUUGGCUAAAGAUGUCAAGUCGGCCUUAUCAGUGGUCGUUAAGAGUGCCUCCGCUAGCCAAACCUCUCUAGUGACACCGGUAAGGGGAGACUCACAGACCAAGGUGACUGAGAGCAUGGUGAGAGAGCUGGCUGCUAAACUUGAAAAAGUUGACCAAGAGAGCAAGAGUCUAACAGGGCAAGUCAUGACCACCAUCUCUGACACAAUGUUGGCUUUUGUUGACGAGAACGAACAGAAUUUGCUGGAAGAUCUGAAGGACAAGAUCACAUUUUUGGCAUCGCAUGUUGGCUUCAUUGAGGAUCUUGAUGCCCUGAUAAGGAAAUACGAGAGCAGCUACAAUAUUAGUGAAUCUGGUUCCUCCUGCACGCUCACAUCUAAGAGCAUCCAAAAACUCUCCAGCCGGGAGUUUCAAACAUCAGCAAUACAAGCAGUGAGUGGAGUUCUUGCCAAAAAAGUCAGUAGUUUGAGCUUUCCUAGUUCAGUCGUUCAGUCUGAGUUAACAGGUGCUGUGUCAGGUCAAACAUUGUCUGGCAUUGUAAAGACAGAGUCAAUUCACCCAGUGGGCUCAGCAGCGUCAGUAGUUGUUAAGACUUUCGUGUCAGAUAUGAAGUCCUUGGCUGAAUCUGAAGAGAGUCCCCAACAGAAGAGUGCCUGGUCUGCUGCUGUUCACAUUUACCACAGCAUCCAAAACAACUUGAAAGAUUAUUUCGGCAAGCUUCAGCGAUGUGCCUUAAAGAGCAUUGUCACAUCUGAUGACAACAUCACAAAUGCUGAGUUUAAGGAGACAGUUCCACUUCCUUGCUUAGACAUGAAAUAUAGGCCCAGUAAGAGUGAGCCUCAGUUGCCAGAGUCCACUGGUGAAGUUACUUUACAAAGAGGCCUAAGUGAGAGCUCAAAACCUCUUUGGGCACAAACUGAGUCAGAAGAAAGCAAGCUCCUUCUGACAACUUGCACCAAAGAAGUCAUCUCAGAGCUUCUGGUCUUGUACAACACUGAGAUGUCAAAGGAGGACCCCCUGUACACUGUUGGAGAAAAAGGAUCAGACUUCUCUAUUGAGAGACAACAAUUUGUAGAGGGCGUUCUGGCUCAGCUUGGGGAUAUCUCCCAUUCCAGGGCCUCAUCACCAAUAGUAAAUGAGUUCCCCUGUCAAAUUGAGGCCAGCAGAAGUAAGGCCACAGCUUCUUUGACCAGUCUGUUAGAUUGCAUGAAAAAACUCUCAAGUGAGGAAUUCAAGAGAGACACCACUCAAGCAGUGAGUGAGUUCCUAGUUAAAAAGUCCAACAGUAGCUUAACUAGUGCACAUCCUGCUUAUUCUGUAGCAUCCAGGUCUUGUUCCGUUCAAAACCAGAGAACCUUGUCAAAGGAUAUUUGUGCGGAUUCUGCUGCCUUUGGCAUCAUUGACACAUUUGUGGAAGACCUGCAGAGCUUGGCGCAACCUGCAGAAGUAGAGGAGAGAGAACCUGACCUCCAGGUAAAUGCACAAAAGCGAAAGAGCAGGAUCUGGUCUGCUACCACUAGUUUAUAUAACAAUAUUAAGAAGACAUUAAAGGGCUUCACCAUUCACCGGCGGAAGUCAGACGUGCAGAGAAGAAUGUCUAGCCAUACACCCACAGAGGACUCUGGACAUCUUGUGACUAAGGAGUACCUUGGUUUGGCAAGCCAGAACUUGACGCAAGCUAGUAAGAGUGUGCCUCACUUGCCCAGUUUGAACCAGGAAGUGACUCUACACAUGGGUGUCAGCGAGAGUUCAAAACUUCUCUGGACUGAAACAGACGAGGGUCUAAUGAACAAUGGUACCAAACAGGUCAUUUCAACAAUCUUGACCUCAUGCGAGGAUCAGACAUCAAAUGCACCUUGCUUCUCCAUAGUAGGAAAGAAAAUAUCUGAUAUGUCCCUUGAGGUCAACAUGUUGGUAGGUGGUGUUCUGUCUCAGCUGAAGGACAUCUCCUUGUCAAGGUCCCCAACACCAUGUGAAGACAUGUUUGAACGUCUCCAAGGUUCUCCUGAGCGAACCUCUCCAGUAAGUCUAGAUUGCAGCACGGCUGCCUCCAAAGGCAUUGCAUCUUCCCACAGUCUUUCAACAAAGAGCCUCCAAAAACUCUCUAGUCAUGAGUUCCAAACCAAAGCUGAGAAAGGAGUGAGUGAGGUCCUCUCUAGAUCAUUUAACAUUGUGGAGGAAGGUACAACAGAUAAGUACCUCCAGUCUGUAUCUACAUCCACCACAUCUACUGAUAUUAUACAAACCAUGGUGAAAGACCAGCAGGAGCUCCCCCAGACCACCCAAUCAUCUGACAUGGUAUCUGGAACCUCCCUGCUCACCACUGGACAGGUGUCUGAGAAAAGGAUCCGGUCUGUUGCUCGUAACAUCUACUACAGUCUGCAAAGUAAGAUUACGGAGUUUCUCAGAAAAGAUCUUCAAAGAUCAGACACAACACUUGGUUCAAUCCAAAUCUUUACAUAUCAAAGCAGUCCUGCAUCACAAAGAACAAGUCUUGGCCAUCUUGAGGUCAACCAGAGCAGUGUUACACCUGGUGGAAACGAUGCCUGUGUGGACAUUCCGCACAAAUUACUAUCUAAAACCACUGAGCUCUCGGGAUCCAUGCUGGAGGAUAUUGGCACGAUCCGUUGUAGGAGUGCUGACAGCCAAACUACAAGAAAUACCUCUUCUUCACGCUCCUCCAUCUCUCUAACACCUACUUCAAAAUUAAGGCAGUCGAAAUGGCACUUUGCCUUACCCGGGACUCCCAUCCCCACUGAGUUUCCUGCUCAGAUUGACUUUCCCAUUGUUAGAAACACAAUCAUUGAGGACUUCUUUCACACAGAGGACUUACUUCCUGUAACCUUUGUGGACAAAGUCAGGCAAGCUGCUGGGGUGGUAGUGGACAUUAUGGUGGAAAGUGUUGAGAACACACAGGAAGAUGGACAGGGUGCUUCUCAUCUUGACGACCUCCGAUCUGCUGUUAGGAAAUUGAGAAAAAUCAUUUCCACUUGGACCAUCCACAUUUUCAGUCAUGAAUUGGUGGAUAAAGUGAUAGCCCUUCAGGACAGCCACAGCACUCCACAGGUCUUAACAUUGGAAGCAGCCAAAAGUGCUUCAGACUCCAUUCUUUCAAGGCUGAAAUGGGGAAAGGAACAAUGUGCCAUAUCCAAGGAGCUCUCCUCUCAGCUUCUCCAGAUAUUUGCUGAAGAGACAGUGAAGUGCUUCCUGAGACAGUGGUCAGAUGAGUAUGAAAACAUAAACUUUGAUGUUUCAGUCCAGAACGAACCAAAGACUUCUACUUGCAUGGUCAUUCUUCAAAUGAUCACCAAAGCCACUGCUGAAUGUUAUUUUGAGUCCGCUACCAGCGUGGCCACCAGUGACAUUGUAGAAGGCGUGUUUGAUUUGGAAAGGGAUACCAUCAGCAGUACUGGAGAGCAGGUCCUCACCUUUAACACAAAGGGUUCCAAGAAAGUUAGUAAGAACCUCUGUCCUCAAGAGUCUCUGGAGUACCAGCCUCAGAACAUUUCCCCUACUGUGUACUUUACAGAGACGAUGACAACAUCUCAUGGCUCCUUUUCUCCAGAGGGAAUUUAUGAUAUCGCAUCGUCCUUCCCACUUGAAGAGAAGAGUCGCAAACCCUCCCUUUUCACCAGAUUGUCUAGAUCCAUCACGAAAGGCUUUCUCAGCCCAUUCAAAUCUUCAAGGAAAACCAAAUUAUUUAAAUAAAUUCCUCAUUAUAAACAACGAGAGCAUUAAUUUGUUCAGAUAAAUGUAAUCGUAUUGGUCACAUACGCCAAAAACAACUGUG